AUGGAAUUGAAUGAAUUACAAAGUGACUUUGAUGUCAAGAGUCAGUUUUUAAACAGGAAUCUGAUGGACUUCUACAAAUACGGUCUGCCUCACACUCAAUAUCCAAAUAUUACUUGCUACACAAAGCCCUUUCUCGUUUUGUUCGGUUCGACAUGGAUAUGUGAAUACCUCUUCAGUCGCAUGCAAUUGGUAGAAUCGAACAAAAGAAAUUCUUUGAGUGAUGAACUCCGACUGGCCUUAACAAAUAUUCCGGCAGACAUUGAAAAGCUUCUUGAUGACUCGAAACAAUUUCAAGUUUCUCACUGA